AUGACAAAGAAACGAAAGACUACUAAGCCUCACGAAACAACGCCAACCUUUCCAUUCAAUCAAAAUCAUGAAGAAUUAUUAACAGGCGAAGAGCGAAAUAAAACAAAUGGAAUAACAAAAACAGAGCAACCAUCAGGAGGCGGAUUGUUAGUAAAUCAAUCUUCAGAGAUAAAAUGGAAAAACAUGACAGUUCGAGCAAUUAUGACAUUUAUUAUGAUUGGUGGUUUUUUUGUGGCUCUAGCUAUCGGUCAUUUUGCUGUCAUUUUCCUUGUAGUAUUGAUUCAAACACGAGUAUAUAACGAAGUAAUUGCUUUAGCACAUGUUCCAAGUAAAGAAAAAAAAUUACCUUGGUUCAAAUCACUUAAUUGUCCUAAAAAGACUUGGGAAGGUUUUGUGGGUGCAUGGAUUUGUACAAUUAUCUUUGGAGUUCUCAUUUCUUCAGUAUUAAUGCAAUGGGAUUAUAUGGUUUGUCCUGUAGUAAAGGAUUUAAGUGCCAAUGUAUUUUCAGGUAUUACUUGUGAAAAAAAUCCGGUGUUCAUUCCUCAAAAAUAUGUGUUAAGUCCUUGGGUGGCUAGCCUUUUAAGGCGACUGACCUUCACUGAUAUUCGCGCCGUAUCGAUCGCCCCACUUCAAUGGCAUGUUCUAGUAAUGGCAUGUUUUGCCUCAUUGAUUGCCCCAUUUGGAGGAUUCUUUGCCAGUGGUGUAAAAAGAGCAUUUAAAAUUAAAAGCUUUAUCAAGAAUACUUCUUUAUCGGUUGGAACAGUACUUCAGACUAUUGUUAGUUCCUUGCAUCCGCAAGAACAACUCGAAUUAUUAGACAGUCUACAACAAUAUUUAAUUGGACAAGGAUUGUUGGAAGAGGGAAAAGUUGCGUGCGUUAAUAUUAGUUAA